AUGCUCGAUCAACUAAACAAGGCUCGUAAAGAGCUUAGAGAAGCGUGGAACAAGAUGGAGAUCUGUGAUGUAAAGAUUUGGGAGAUUGGUGAAGAACUUUUGGCAAUAGAGCUAAACAAGGCUCGUAAAGAGCUUAGAGAAGCGAGGAAUAAGAUGGAGAUCCGUGAUUCAAAAGUUUGGGAGAUUGGUGAAGAACUUCCAGCAAUAAAGCUAAACAAGGCUAGUAAAGAGCUUAGAGAAGCGAGGUAUAAGAUGGAGAUCCGUGAUGCAAAAGUUUGGGAGAUUGGUGAAGAACUUCCGGCAAUAGAGCUAAACAAGGCUAGUAAAGAGCUUAGAGAAGCGAGGUAUAAGAUGGAGAUCCGUGAUGCAAAAGUUUGGGAGAUUGGUGAAGAACUUCCGGCAAUAGAGCUAAACAAGGCUAGUAAAGAGCUUAGAGAAGCGAGGUAUAAGAUGGAGAUCCGUGAUGCAAAAGUUUGGGAGAUUGGUGAAGAACUUCCGGCAAUAGAGCUAAACAAGGCUAGUAAAGAGCUUAGAGAAGCGAGGUAUAAGAUGGAGAUCCGUGAUGCAAAAGUUUGGGAGAUUGGUGAAGAACUUCCGGCAAUAGAGGUCAUUUCCAUUGGCACCGAAAAAGAGAUGCAAUUCUCAAAAAUAGGAAGUAUUCAGUGGGAAGAUAAAAAUUUUGCGGUGUCGCCCAAAGAUCUAGAAUCUGAUGAUCAAACUGGAAAAUGA